CUAGAUGAGCGGCUGCAGGCUGACUCAGUGUGUGUUCAGUCAGUAGCAUGGCGUUUCUCAGCCUCCUGCUGCUCAGCACCGCUCUGAUCCACACAGCCCAGCGACAGGAGACAGUAACCCACAGCAACGGAGCCAUUGGUUACUCAACAUAAAGGAGUACUCCUGACAACGUCCUUGCCUGCAGGUCGUGGCGGGGGGCGUGGCCUGAAUGUGGACGGGGUCAGACGCCAGCGCAGAGACGUCCAUAACGUGAUACCUUAUGAGGAUCAGAUGAUGUCAUAUCCUGCCUCUCAAGGAGGGGGAGGAACUAAUAGCCCAUACUAUCAAUCAGAUGGCGAGAGGGGGCGUGGCCUAGAUCAAGCACUGCAACUGCUGGUGGAGAGAGACCAAAGGCGAGAGCUUAAAGAAGAGCAGCGAUCAGCCUACCUGUCUGCUCUGCUCCGCCUACUAAGUGAGGCAGAGAGAACGGACUUGGUUGGUCCGGAUGAUGUGCAGGUUAUUGAGGAGGAGCAGGAUGAAGAAGAGGAUCAGGGCCCAGCGCAGGUCUUCCAGGGCCAUGCUCUCCCAGACUAUGAGGAAACACCCGAAGCCAUGAUCAUGGGGAGGCCCCCAGGGGCCUGGUGGGGUCUUUUGGACCCCCAGGUGGUUCAGAGCCUGCUGGACAGGAUGGAGCCUCAGCUGGCUCACUCUCUGCUGGAGAGAGCAAGACUGGGGCGACUUCAGCAGAUGGGGCGGGUUUCAUCAGGACUAAAUCAAGAGGCUCUGAGACGUCUGGUUGUUCAGAUACUGUCCAACAUUGGCCCUAACAACACCCCAGUGAUGUCACCCGGUCGCAGAAUGAGAAGGGAUCUUUCAGUCACUGCAGCUCAGCCUGAUAGAUCCAUCCACAGGAGAGUCCGACGUUCCCUUGACGACAUUGCUCGACCAUUACCUAGCAACAACCCCCCCCUCCUCAGGGUGAAAAGGCUGGAGGAUGAGGAAGAUGAGGAGAAGCUUCCCCACUCUGUCACUGGUCUGCAGAGGAUGAAGCGUAUUGAUACCAUGGCAACAACCAGCAUGGAAAAACUGAAUAUUGGGAAUCAUUGGCGCAAGAGGAGAGCCCUGAAUUACGACCACCAUAUCUUGAUUGAUCAGAUUCUAGAUUAUAUGAGGGAGUGAUUGGGCCAGCAGGUGAGGAGGAGAUGAGGUAGGGCAGAAAGAAGAUGACAAGGAGAGGAGGAGAAUUUAAGUAGGAAGAGUACAAUGAGGAGGAGGAAAGUGGAAUGUGGAGAAGGAUGAAUAGGUUGAGUAGGAAAAAGGGAAUUGGUAGGAGGAAGAGGAGCAUGAGACAGAGGAGAAGAAUGAGUAGCAUUAAAAGAAGGAUGAGUAGCAUGAGGAGGAAGGGGAUGAGUAGCAUGAGAACGAAUAGCAUGAGGAGGAGGAGGAGGACGUGCAUUCUGUCAUCAUCUUUGAAUAUUAUGUUCUUGUGAAUUUUUUGAUGCUUCUGGUGAAAUGUGAUUUGUGGUUUGUUGUUAAAAUGAUGAUGCCAUGAAAAGUGAAAAUACCUAUUCCCAAACAGAUCCUGAAAUACUCCAGGAUCAAUUAUAGUGUGUUACUAAAAACGUUUUAUAAAGCUGAGUUAAAUUCCGAUCGUUUCCGCUUUCCCUAUACGCUGCUCCCUUUAUGCUGUCUAAAUUAAUCCAAGGCUGGAUUUCCCUGAUUAAAGCAAGUAAAACUUAGACGUCCUAUCAGAUCAGGUCUUUGACACCAGGCCUAGUUUACCACAUCAGAGUGAAACUGCUGAAUGGGGACACAAACCAUGGCAAUGGCUCAUUAACUCUGCAACGCUCUGUUUUUUGUUUCAUUCGUGUACUUCAGCUUUGUCAGUGUGUUCACUCAUCUGUUUGUGGUGAAAUAAAAGCGUCAUUUCUGUCACUGAUAAGGACGGUGUCCACCUGGAGUCUCCUAUUCUACGUGACUCAUAUAUUAUCUCACCUCCACACGAAACUAAUUAAUGAUGAAGACAUGAUAUGGGUGGACCUGUUAGAAGGAUGGUAGCAACAGCUGUUAGUGUAGUUAAGUAACAGAACAGCAAUUGUAUGUAGAAAAAUUGAGUCCAGUAAGUAGUGAUGAGUAUUGCCUUUAAUUAAAAAAAAAUUGUGUGUCCUAAUUGAAUAGAAAAUAAUAAUGAUAAUGCCAAAAUAAAACAACUUUUCAGAAUA